UGAUANUUCAAACAUGUGACUUUUCAAAUUGAAAGGGUCGUCUGCUUUUCCUUCUAUCCUUAAAUCUACAUUUUAUUUUUUACCCUAAUAAAAAUGAUUUCAAAAAUAUUUUUUAUAUUAGCAUGUAUAGUUUCAGUUUGUUGUGGUACAAAUGUAUGUUUGAAUAAUUCUCCUUGUAAAUGUGUUCUCGGCCCUGAUAGCGUGAUAGAUUUAUCUACGGUUGGUAAAGUUGAUUUUCCUAGAUUUUAUGAAAUCAGAGGACAGGAAAAAGAUGCACACUUGUACUCUUACAACCCUUGUUAUAGUUUUACUUCUCCAGAUGUUCAGCAUACUAUUCAAAAAAAUGGAAACAAGCCUUGUGUGGAUGCAGCUGCUUGUAUAAAAUCUCCCGGAGGCAGCACAGGCGGUUUACCUGAAGAAUAUGUGAUUGGCGUUCAGUCAGGUGGAACAUUUGGUGUUAUUCCUUCAAAUCACAUAAAUUAUACCGUUCCUGGUGGGAAACGAACUCUGAUGGUAAAUUUAAUUUGCACAAAAGACACGGAUGAGCACACUUUAUCAAUUGACUCUGAAGAAACUGAGGACUCAGAUUUUACUACAAUGACGCUAAGUAGUAAAUGUGCCUGCCCAAAUUUAUGUGGUUCUAGAAAUCCUGAUCCAUCUGAUGAGGGACUGUCAACAGGAAGCAAGUUGUUGAUUGCAUUUUUCACAAUUGCAAUAGCCUAUUUCAUAAUUGGAAUGGGCUGGAACUUCUGCAAUGGUGCCCAUGGUCCAGAAUUGAUUCCAAACUAUGAAUUUUGGAAUGAGUUGCCCAAACUCAUUAUCGAAGGUGUUGCUUUUACCUUUUCUUGUUGUGGUCAGAGAACUGCUUACGGUGAAGUUUAAUGAAGCCAUAUCACAAUUUUGUAACAUUCCAUUGAAGAAAUGGCAACUUAUUUUUUUACUUUUAUAGAGAUUAUUUUUUGUGCCACUUGUUGAUUUUAUUAAAUAUUAAUUUAUUACAA